AAGAGCUGUAUGUUUCUGAACGAGAAGGCAACGAUUCCACUGGUGAUGGGACACAAAAGAAGCCAUUCAAGACCGUUUUAAAGGCUUUGAUGACAGCAGGAAAGGAACCGUUUCCUACUAUUUAUGUGGAUUCACAAAAAGAAAAUGAGAGAUGGGCCGUUAUUUCAAAGUCACAGAUGAAAAAUGUCAAAAAACUGUGGCACAGGGAACAAAUGAAGAAUGAUGCCAAGGAGAAGAAGGAGGCAGAAGAUCUCUUGAGGAGAGAGAAGAACCUGGAGGAAGCUAAGAAGGUUAUCAUCAAGAAUGAUCCUAGUCUUCCAGAGCCAAAAUGUGUAAAGAUUGAUGCUCUGGAGGCUUACAGAGGUCAGAGAGUGAAGAUUUUUGGCUGGAUUCACAGAUUACGGAGGCAAGGAAAAAAUUUGAUGUUCAUUGUUUUGAGAGAUGGCACAGGUUUUCUUCAGUGUGUCCUUUCAGAUGAACUGUGUCAGUGUUACAACGGGCUAAUUCUCUCUACGGAGAGCAGUGUUGCAGUGUAUGGCAUGCUGAACCUUGUUCCUGAAGGCAAGCAGGCUCCAGGAGGCCACGAGCUGAACUGUGAUUACUGGGAGCUUAUUGGUCUGGCCCCAGCAGGAGGGGCUGACAACCUACUCAAUGAGGAUUCGGAGGUUGAUGUGCAACUUAACAACAGGCAUAUGAUGAUUCGAGGCGAGAAUAUGUCCAAAAUCUUCAAGGUGCGCUCCAUGGUGGUACAGGCCUUCAGGGAUCAUUUCUUUGCCAAUGGAUAUUAUGAAGUCACACCACCGACUUUAGUCCAGACACAGGUGGAAGGAGGCUCAACCCUAUUCAAACUGGAUUAUUUUGGUGAAGAGGCAUACUUAACACAAUCGUCCCAGCUCUAUCUGGAGACCUGCAUUCCAGCGCUAGGAGAUGUUUUCUGUGUUGCUCAGUCAUACAGAGCUGAGCAAUCCAGGACCCGCAGACACUUGGCAGAGUAUACUCACAUUGAAGCUGAAUGUCCUUUCAUAACUUUUGAAGAUUUAUUGGACCGUCUGGAGAGCUUGGUUUGUGAUGUAGUAGACAGAAUCUUGAAGUCACCUGCAUCAAGCUUACUGUAUGACCUAAACCCGGGCUUCCAGCCCCCUAAACGUCCUUUCCGGCGCAUGAACUAUACUGAAGCCAUUGAGUGGUUAAAGGAACAUGAUGUGAAGAAGGAAGAUGGCACGUACUAUGAGUUUGGGGAAGAUAUUCCUGAAGCUCCUGAGAGAUUGAUGACGGACACCAUUAACGAGCCAAUCUUGUUGUGCCGAUUUCCUGCAGAGAUAAAGUCUUUCUAUAUGCAGCGCUGUCAUGAUGAUUCCCGACUUACUGAAUCUGUUGAUGUGUUGAUGCCUAACGUUGGUGAAAUUGUUGGAGGCUCUAUGCGUAUCUGGGACAGCGAGGAGCUACUCGAAGGCUAUAAAAGAGAGGGCAUUGAUCCCACGCCGUACUACUGGUAUACUGAUCAGAGAAAAUAUGGUACAUGCCCUCAUGGUGGAUAUGGUUUGGGAUUAGAACGAUUCCUAACCUGGAUUCUGAAUAGGCACCACAUCCGAGAUGUCUGUCUCUAUCCACGCUUUGUCCAGCGCUGCAAACCUUAGCCAUCCUUGUGAUAAACUCCUAGAAAAUUGAGCAACUGAUGCUUGGAAAAGAACGAUGCACGCUGCUAUACUACAGCCUGUAUGAGAACAAGACUUACCACAACCUGUUGCUAAUACAAAUACU